GAAUGCUCGCGAUGAGGAUCAUAAUGAGGCCGAUGGGUCCUUCCCUAGCCCCCUAAGGUCGGGUCUGACUCCCGAACUUGAUCACGAUUUGUCAGCUGUACGCGGUGGCUCGACUGAGAACUCACCGGUCAUUGGUUCAGAAAGGAAAAUGAACAAGCAUGAUUCGUCAUUGAAAAGGGUGUUUCCAAAAAGGGUAAAGGACAAGGAACACAUCAAGGAGAGCAUCUCUGAACCGUCCUUUGAGAAUGAACAUGCCGUCAGUGAGGAUGACAAGAAGCAUAAUUCGAUUCAGAAGUGUUUAACGCGAUGGAGGAAGUGCAAGAAGCUGCGUCAUUCUCAGAAGUCGACGGAAACGCCAUCCGACCCCGCGUCGGUCACCUCGGAAUAUUUGACGGUUGACCCAA